ACUUAACCGCGUUGUGUUUGGAAAAAUCCGACAGUAUCAACCAGGGGAAGGACAAACUGCUCACUGAGGACGGGAACAUUACAACUAAUCAUCGGUGGAACAACAAAUAAACAACAAGGGAAUAAGUAAACAGUAAACAAGGGUGGACUGAGAGCAGAUAAUGGAGCGAUACGACGACCUGGACCUGGAUCUGGAGUGUGAUGGAGGAGGCGUCGCUCAAAAAGCGGCGUUAUUUGGUGGGAUGUUCAAAAGAUCCUUUAAGGUUGCAGAACCAUCUGUCCAAGCACAGGACAGUUUAUCGACCAACGGUGAACUUUCAAAGAGCAGCGAUAGUCUGACUGACAGCAGCGCCAAGGAGAAAGGAGGCAUCUUUAAGGGAAUGUUUAAGAAGACGACCAAAGCUGCCAAAGAGGGCCAGCCUCAGGACACCCUCUCAAUACAAAAUCCUGAACUGUCUGUCAGCAGUGACAGCUUAACAGAGUCCUCAAAGGAAAAAUCAGGUGUGUUGGGUGGGAUACUGAAACGAUCUCCUAAACCAGGACAUGCCCGGAGGCCUUCGCAGGAUCUUUUGGACAACGAGUUCACAGCCAGUAACGACAGUCAGUCUGAAAACACCACAACUAAAGAGACAGGAGGGAUAUUCAGUGGGAUGUUUAAAAAACCCUCAAAGCCUUUUGGAGCAAAGACCCAAUCUGAGGAUGAUUUGUCUGCACCCAGUGAGCUCUCAGGCAGCAGCGACAAUAUUUCUGUGAAUAGCAACACUAAGGAGACAGGAGGGAUGUUCAGUGGGAUGUUUAAAAAAUCCCCAAAGCCGUUCGGAUCCAGGACGCAAUCUCAGGAUGAUUUGUCUGCACCCAGUGAGCUCUCAGGCAGCAGCGACAAUAUUUCUGUGAAUAGCAACACUAAGGAGACGGGAGGGGUGUUCAGUGGGAUCUUUAAAAAAUCCCCAAAGCCUUUUGGAGCCAGGACCCAAUCUCAGGAUGAUUUGUCUGAACCCAACGAGCUGUCCGGCAGCAAAGAUAAUCUUUCUGAGAGUAACAACACUAAGGAGAAAGGAGGAAUCUUUAGUGGUGUGUUCAGAAAGAAAGUUGCCAAAUCUCAGUCUAAGGAUGAUCUGUCUGUGGAUACUGAACUCUCUGCCAGCAGUGACAGUCUCAUGGAGACGUUUUCAAAGAGGGAUGAAGAAAAGACUGAACACUCAGGGGACUCCAGUGAGAAUACUACUGCAGAGAAACCCAAAGCUAAGCAGAACGGUUUCAGUGCGAUGAUGAAGAGCACGUUCUACACUGACAAACAGGAGAAGAACGCUGACUCUGACUGUGAGGAGAUAAUGGACAAUGGAGAGGGCCAGCACGGUCACAAACAGAGUAAAUUUGCUGAGGCAAUGACAAAGCUGAAUCCAUUCCGAUCUGCCAACAAACCUGAGAAGCAGGAAGGCUCAGAUGACGAGGAUCCACCUGCGAGCAGCGAGAAGUCGUCAGGCAGCAAACAGAAAGACACCGAAGACACAGGGGACGAGAAACAAGUGGAAGAGAAGCCGAAAGUGGUCAAAAGCAACAUGAUCCAGCAAGAGAGGAAGGAAAGAAGUGAAACACCACCGGUUCCACCCAGACCGUCUAAAGAGGAGAUGAAGAGGACGUCUACAUCUGGCAAAGUAAAACCAAGAGGAACUGAGGAUAAUCUGGAUAACAUGACCUCCAGAGAGGAAAAAGCAAAAGCAGAAGAAUCUCCCGUAGUUCCAGCCAGACCGACAGAAGAGGAGCUGAGCAGAGCAGCGAAACAUAGUCAGCAAAAGCAGAAGAGCAACCAUCAGAGCCAAUCAGACGAUGAAGGCCUCAACAAAGAUAAAAACACAACCGAGAUGAAAAAACAAAAGCACCAUAACCCGUUUAUGCAGCGUGCUGCAGCCAAGGCUCCGUCUGAUGAUGAAGGGCUGAAAGAAGAAGAUGAUUCUUCAUCAAAAGAGGAGAAGAAAGAUGAGGAGGGCAAAGACAAAACAGAAGAGACCAAAGUCAAGAAACCUAGGAGACACAAUCCCUUCAUGCCUCGAGUCAAGGCUUCGUCUGAUGAUGAGGGGUUGAAAGAGGAAGAAGAAUCUUCAUCCAAAGAUGAGAAGAAAGAUGAGGAGGGCAAAGACAAAACAGAGACCAAAGUCAAGAAACCUAAGAGACACAAUCCCUUCAUGCCUCGAGUCAAGGGCAGACAGAAGCAGGAUGGAGCUGCAGGCACAGCCGAGAAUGAAGGUGGCAACAGAUCCUUGUUUGACCGGCUGGAAGACUUCCGUAUUGAUCCAGCACAGCCUGAAGAUGGACAGGAUGUGGAGAAUCUUAUGGAUUGGUGGAACACAGUGGAGUCUUGGGAAGACACGCCUCAAGAUGAUGACAUGACAGAAAAAGAAGAGGCCAAGGCGUUUGCUCUGACGGCAGACAAGGUGCAGAAGGGCAUUCGUGUCUUCAACAAACUGUUCUCGGAGCGUGCCGAGAGCCUCUGGCAGCACGUCAUCGACCUCAACACCAUCGCCGACGGCCUGGACAAGUUCAGCAAGAACACAAAGAUCGCUCAAAUCACCGGCGGCUCUACCAGCGCCAUUGGAGGCGUGGCCACUAUCGCUGGCCUUGCCCUGGCACCGGUCACCUUCGGAACCUCUCUGAUUGUGACGGCGGUGGGAUUGGGUGUCGCCACAGCGGGCGGUCUCACAUCAGCAGGUGCCGGCAUCUCCAACCAGGUCAACAACUCGAUGGACCGCAAGAAGGUGGAGAAGAUUGUGCAGGACUAUCAGGAGAAGAUGGUCGACCUCAACAAGUGCCUGAAAUUCAUCAAGCAGGGUAUCGAGAACCUGAAGAAGUUCGACCUGAUGAAGAUGAAAGAAAGCGCCUACAACCGCGACUUCCCUGUGCUCAGUAGUAGCUUCUACGAGGAUGGCGCCAUGGCAGGAAAGGCGAUCCUCAUCAACGCCAAUGAGAUCAUGCGUGUGGUGCAAAUUGCCAACGUGGCGGGCAGCACAGCAGCCAGAGCGGUCCAGAUCGCCAGCAUGGCCACUGGCGUGCUCACCGGUCUCUUCGUAGGCAUGGACAUCUACUUUGUGGCCAAAGACUCCAAAGAGCUCAAGAAAGGGGCCAAGUCAGAGUUUGCUGCCAAAAUCAGGGAGGUGGCUACGCAGCUGCACGACGGUCUGGUGGAGCUCAACGGGAUCCGAGAGGAGCUGCAGUCCACCGCACCAGAAAACCAGGACGAAGGCAAUGAUACAGCUCCUUUGGACAGUGACAAGAAAGUGAAAGGUGACAAGUAUGACAGUUCAGAUGAAGAUGAGAUCGACCGCAUUAAAAAAGCCAUUAAGAAGGACAUUGAGAGCCGAGAAUAUGUUUGAUAGAAACUGGUACAAAAAGGCCUGAAACUGUGCUUCAUCAUUAAGUUUUUAACAAUGGAAAGAUUCAAGCAUUGUCACUUUCUCACUUCCCCUAUGAAACUCCUCCAGUGUUUUUGAAAGUACAUACUCAAAACUCCAGCAUACUGGGGCAUUAUUAGCAUCUAAGAGGUGGUUGGUGCCAAUUUCUUUGAAAUGGAAAAACUGCAAUCAUUAUUACUAUGUUACAUCUCCAAAGAGGGGUACUUCACUCUUGAUGCAAUACACUGGUUUCUUAAUCUUCUGGACUUUUCUUUUAGGGAGCCGACUUCUUGAAUCUAAAGACAGCAUUUACACUACUGGGAGGAACUGAGGUUUUGUGGCAGAUUAAGUAUCAGAUCUGCUUCUCUAGGCAAUUGUGCCAACGCUUAAAACUGCCAUGUUGUCUGUAAGAAAAUGGGAUUCAAAGAUUGAAUUUAAUCAUGUAUUUUGUUUGUACAGUUGUAGAUGAAUUAAAGAAACACAAUACUUUUACUGCAGGUGUAGAGAUUGUGUAUACUCUUAGGGAUUAGUGCCUUUUAUUCUUUAUGAAGCAUUAGAGAUGAGAGUACGAUGCGACGUAGCAUUAGUCUGUUUCCUUACGUUGUUUUAUUUGGGUGUACAGAGCUGCAACAAAACCCCACAUCCCCAGCUUGAGGUUUUGGAUCUGAUGUGGGAUGUUUGACAGUCUUGUUUGGCUUGAUGACAUUGGUCUCAUUUUGAAGAAUGAUAGUAAUAAGCUUUGUUUUUGAUUGUUUUCAUAAAGAGCCGAUAAAAUGACACAAUUAUAGAGAGAAAGAACAAGGAUUGGGUUGAACCAACUGUGUGCAAAGUCUUACUAGCUGGUUUCAAACUAUUGAUUCACUAAACUGGGUUGUACCAUUAAAAUUUAAGGGAUGUCUUGGCUCCUGAAGACUUUAUUAAGGUGUAAAUUGGCUGUUAGGAAACGUCUGUAGUGUCAAAAACAGGAGGUCACAAGCUCUAACAUAACUUAAAACGUUAUUUGGUCAUUUUAAAUAAUUAUUAAAGAGCCUUUUUAUCAGGUGUCUGGUCAGAUAUGUUAACCAUAUGUCAUAUUAUCUCAGUAUAAACAGGUGCUACAUUAGCAAAUUAACGUUAGCUUUGUCAGUUGGUUCAGUGAGCUAGGCGACAGUUACGCCUGGCACCAGCUACCGGAUGUGUACAUUUAGUAGCAGCUAAUCUCUAUUUAAGAAAUAGUUUUUGUGGGGCAACCUGUUUUAAUUUAGUUAUUUGUAAAUCUUGGCUUAGUAAACACAGUAGAACCCGAGUGAUAUGCUAUAAUGGAGACCGAUAUGGUUGCUGAUAAUGAAAACAGACAUUUUCUAUGUGGAUUGUGCACCGAUAUGACUAUGCAUAGGUACUCAGAAGGCUGCUUUCUUCAAUAAAUAACUUUAUUAAAGAAUAUUUAAGUUAAAUAUUUUACAUGUGAUAACAUAAGCCAACUGAUACAAUGGCCUGGUUCUACUUUGAAGUGCUGGUGCAACCGGCUCCAAAAUAAUACAACGAGGGGAAGACGCAAACUGAGGUGAACUUGUAGAACUAAAUGGGGAAAAAUGUUUUUUCUUUAAAGACUCCUGCAAGUUUAAAUUGGUUUUCAAUCACGUCUUCUGUCAUUUUUGAUGUUUUAGUGUUUUCCAAUGGUUUUUAAUAGUGUAAAAUGGUCGAUUAUAAAACUGACGACACAAGACUUAAAAACCAGUCAGGAUUGUGUCCGCCUGUCCCG